AUGUUUGGCCGCUCGCGGAGCUGGGUGGGCGGGGGCCACGGCAAGUCUUCCCGCAACAUCCACUCCUUGGACCACCUCAAGUAUCUGUACCACGUUUUGACCAAAAACACCACAGUCACAGAACAGAACCGGAACCUGCUAGUGGAGACCAUCCGUUCCAUCACCGAGAUCCUAAUUUGGGGAGAUCAAAAUGACAGCUCUGUAUUUGACUUCUUCUUGGAGAAGAACAUGUUUGUUUUCUUCUUGAACAUCCUGCGGCAGAAAUCAGGCCGCUACGUGUGCGUUCAGCUGCUGCAGACCUUGAACAUCCUCUUUGAGAAUAUCAGUCACGAGACCUCACUCUGUACCUUUGAUGAUACCGUGACCAGGUGGGCACGAGUUACUACCGCAUGUAGUAAGAGACCUUUGGCUGCAACAUCAUGGGAGGACAUGAAGGAAGGAUCGUUUGAGGGCGAAGCCCAAAACCUACCAAAGGGUAAACAACUUGAAGCCAGUAGGCUCUCUGUUAAAAAUGAUGCGCCUCAAGCAAAACCCAAAAAAAAGAAAAAGGAGUAGUUAAAUGAAGGUGUAAAUGGAUUUCUGGAAUACCCAAGACAAAACUCACAGGUGGUUCAUAAUGGGGAGAUGAUAGCAAUUCAGGAGGUAAGGGAAGAAAUUGCAGUUGCUUUUAAGGGAAGGAAACUAAAAAGACCAGCCGCAAAGAAAAAUGCAGUGGUAGGUUUCCACUGUAGAAAACCUGGCCACGGGAUUGCAGAUCGCCCAGCCAUCCUCGAGAAUCAAGAUACGGGCACUGGGUGUGGGUCCACAGAGCAUGAACUCACCUAGGGCGGAGCCAAAGUGGACCCGGCUCUUGGUGAAUUUCCUCCCGCAGAAUGUUUUGUUGGUGGAGAAAUGGGGCAUCUGCCCAUAUCUUGUCCUGAGAAUCCCAGGGGACUCUGUGCUGAUGGUGGUUGCUGUAGCUGUUGUUCUGUGGAACAUUUUAAGCGAGAUUGCCCUGAGAAUUCAGACGGAAUGGUCACAGCCGGCCGCUGGGCGAAGGGAUCGAGUGCAGACUAUGAAGAAAGUUUGGAUGUGCCUGAACCACAGAAAUCCAAAACAAAGAUACCUCAAGUUGCUAAUUUUUGGUGCUGUGGGCACCCUCACUUUGUGCCGGGAGAGUUUGUGUCACGAGCCUGUGGUGACCGCUCUAGCGGUGCCCGGAUCUGGAAGGGGUUUGAGUCCAGCUGUGUUAGUUCAGUGCCCGCACCCCGGGGUGACUGUGCCCCAGGAGGACAUUUGUCGGUGUCGUGUUGGCACACUAACGACUUUGCCCUGUACACAGAAGCCAUCAAAUUUUUCAACCACCCCGAAAGCAUGGUUAGAAUUGCUGUAAGAACCAUAACUUUGAAUGUCUACAAAGUGUCAUUGGAUAACCAGGCCAUGCUGCACUAUAUCCGAGAUAAAACUGCUGUUCCUUACUUCUCCAAUUUGGUCUGGUUCAUCGGGAGCCACGUGAUCGAACUCGAUAACUGUGUGCAGACCGACGAGGAGCACCGGAAUCGGGGGAAACUGAGCGACCUGGUGGCCGAGCACCUGGACCACCUGCACUAUCUCAAUGACAUCCUGAUCAUCAACUGUGAGUUCCUCAAUGACGUGCUCACGGACCACCUGCUGAACAGGCUCUUCGUGCCCCUCUAUGUGUACUCACUGGAGAACCAGGACAAGGCCAAGCCCAGCAUUCGGUGCUUCAUUAAACCCACCGAGACGCUAGAGCGGUCCCUUGAGAUGAAUAAGCACAAGGGCAAGAGGCGGGUGCAAAAGAGACCCAACUACAAAAACGUUGGGGAGGAAGAAGAUGAGGAGAAGGGGCCCGCCGAGGACGCCCAGGAAGACGCUGAGAAGGCUAAAGGUACUGAGGGUGGUUCAAAAGGCACCAAGACGAGUGGGGACAGUGAAGAGAUAGAGAUGGUGAUCAUGGAGCGCAGCAAGCUCCCGGAGCUGGCGGCCAGCAUGUCCGUGCAGGAACAGAACACCACGGACGAGGAGAAGAGCGCCGCCACGGGCUUGGAGAGCGUGCAGUGGAGCAGACCCUUCCUAGAUAUGGUGUACCACGCCCUGGACAGCCCGGACGACGACUACCACGCACUGUUUGUGCUCUGCCUCCUCUAUGCCAUGUCUCAUAACAAAGGCAUGGAUCCUGAGAAACUAGAGCAAAUCCAGCUCCCGGUGCCCAGUGCGGCCGACAAGACCACCUACAACCAUCUCCUGGCCGAAAGACUCAUCAGGAUCAUGAACAACGCUGCCCAGCCAGAUGGGAAGAUCCGGUUGGCGACGCUGGAGCUGAGCUGCCUGCUCCUAAAGCAGCAAGUCGUGGCCAACGCGGGCUGCAUCAUGAAGGACGUGCACCUGGCCUGCCUGGAGGGCGCCAGAGAAGAAAGCGUUCACUUGGUACGGCAUUUUUAUAAGGGAGAAGAAAUUUUUUUGGACAUGUUUGAAGACGAGUACAGGAGCAUGACAAUGAAGCCCAUGAACGUGGAGUACCUCAUGAUGGACGCCUCUAUCCUGCUGCCCCCGACGGGCACGCCGCUGACCGGCAUCGACUUCGUGAAGCGGCUGCCGUGCGGCGACGUGGAGAAGACGCGGCGGGGUUGAAAUUCCACGGCGCGGUGCCGGGCAGGCUGCCUUCGCCGGUGCAGGGCACGACCC